AUGAUUCCAGAAAUUAUUGUAUCUAUUCACAGAGAUUCAUUCAUUCAUCUCUGCAGUGGUGCACAACUCCUGUGCAGUGUGCCGACAUUCAUUCACCUGCUUCCCUGCAGAUGGAUACACAGUGACAGCAAGACACUUUCUGAUUUUCCUAAUCCUGAUUCCUCUGACUUCAAUGAAAAUUAGCAUCUAGAUAUUGAUGGAAUGGCUUCUGGAAAAUUAGAAACAGGGAUCACCUUCCUUAUUCAAACUGGAGUUGGGAUACUGGGAAAUUCCUUUCUCUUUUGUUUUUAUAAUUUCAUGUGGCUCAUUGGAAACAGGUUGAGAUUUAUGGACCUCAUUCUCAACUAACUGGCCUUAGCCAACUCCUUGGUCCUUUUCUCUAAAGGAAUACCUCAGACAAUGGCAGCUUUUGGAUUUAAAUAUUUCCUGGAUAAUACUGGAUGUAAGCUUGUCUUUUUUAAUCACAGAGUGGGCACAGGAGUUUCCUUCAGCACCAUCUGCCUCCUCAAUGGAUUCCAAGCGAUUAAGCUUGACCCCAGUAUAUGCAGGUAGCUGGAGCUCAAAAUUUGAUCCCAAAAGUUCAUUGGCUUCUGUUGUUUCCUCUGCUGGUUACAUCUCUUGAUAAAUACAAGUGUUCUUUUUCUUGUAAACGGUCCGUUGGAUAGCAAAAACUUUAGUGUGAAAAACAAUUAUGGAGUCUGUUCCUGGGCAAUGCCAGAAAGAGUUGGCACUUUACAUACAAUUAUAUACUUUUCCCCUGACUUUUUGAGUUUGGGCUUCAUGGUGUGGGCCAAUGGCUCCAUGGUCUUUGUCCUGUACAGACAUAAGCAACGAGUCCAGCAGAUUUGUAGCAACAGACUCUCCUCCGGACCUUCUCAUGAGGCCAGAGCCAUAUGCACCAUCAUGGUCCUGGUGAGCUCCUUUUUUGCCUUCUUUUCGGUCCACUCUAUCUUGACAGUUUGGAUGACUCACUUUAAAAACCCAGGUCGGUGGAUAGUGGACAACUCUGUGUUUGUGGCCUCCUGUUUUCCAGCAUUCAGCCCCUUUGUGCUCAUCUUCAGUGACACCCAUGUCUCUCAUUUCUGUUUUGCCUGUAAGACAAAGAAAACACUUCUUCCAGAUCUGGUUGCCAUGCCAUGAGUCUGUUCUCUUCAUCAAAUUCAGUCAUAUAUUUCAGUAUUUGUCAGUAUUUAUAAAUUGUUGUGUUAGUUUAUGAUGCCAACAUACAUAUGGGCAAUAAUGUCUCUUUCCAUGUAGAUCUUAUAGUAGGACUAAAAGUGAAUAUUGUGGAUACUGUUAUACAAAGAACACUCAAUCUAACUGCUAGAUUCUUUGGGGAAAAGUUCAGAAAUUAUCAAAAUAGGUUAAUGGAAUAGUUUUUUUGUUUAGGGAUUUAGUAGAAAGUUUAUUUUGUAUUAUGAAGAAUCAUAGUAGAUUAAAAAAUAUUUUUGAAGUAUAGUUUGAUUCAGAUGUUCUUGUACAGGAAAAGUCAUCCAAAAAAUCCUCUUGUAAGAAAGAAAUGUGCACUGUCAUGGGUUGGAGAGAAACACUGAAUGGUUUUCAUGUAGAGAAAUGGGAAGAAUAGAAGGGUGUGAGUCUGGAAAGGAACAUGAUGAGAAUUGUCAUUGAUAACAACACAGGGCUAGCUGCACAAUCCCUACUUUUGUUUAAGAUAAAUUACAGGCAGUUUGGAGGGCAAGGCAGGUGGAUCACCUAUGGUCAGGAUUUCGAGACCAGCCUGGCCAACAUAGUGAAACCCUGUCC